CAGGUACUUGUAGAGCCAGCACUACCAUCAGGCCAGUAGCUUGUACCUUUAUUUGUACCUUCGUACCAUCGAACGAAGGUACGAAGGAACCUCGUUCAUUCGACGUGCGUGCGUGUUAUUUUACCAACCUUCGAAGGUACGAAGAGACAAGCCAGGUCUGACUCAACGAAGAAGCCGAGCACGAUCGUGUUCCUCGAUAUAUGCCGUUUGUACACGUCGCGUGGCUCCCUAAGGCGUGUCGCACACCGCAAGUACGCAAGGACGUCGCCGCCGCAAUCAUCAAAGCUGUUUGUGGUGUGACUUCGGCGCAGAUCACCCCCGACAAAGUAGUCGUACGAUUCAGCGAGGCGGUCGACGGUUUCGCACUUCCUCCGGGUCACACGUACGAAAACGUUGAUCUCUCGGUGGGGAAAAAGUGAGAUCUAUCACAACCUAGGAACGCAAGGACAAUUUUCUCUAACCGUCGAUGAUCGCCAUGUUCGAAAUUGGGAAAAAGACAGUUCUUCGUGCGAUGCGCUGCCCCUCGACCAUGUGCAACAACACGACCAUCCGUAAAUCAACAGCGACAUUUUUAACUACUGCCACAUCUUUGCGUGGUAACUCUGCGCAACACCAGCUCGUAGCCAUCGAACUGAUCAGCGAUACAAUGUGACCAAAUGGUUUCAUCGGCAAGAGGCAUCUCCAAAAUGCGAUGGACGAGGUCAUGCAGAUGCCGAUGGACCGGAGUAACCCUUUGCGUUUUUUUGUACUGCGCGUCCCAUUUUUUCUUGAGCCGCACUACGAUAGGGAUGCAAGCUGGCAUGAAACAAACAGGGAAAGGUUGGAACGCAAAUGGGGUGGCAAAGCUUCUUUCGUCGCUCAAAAACAACGACACCGACUCAAAGAACGAGGUCAAGAAGUCGGAAUCCAGCACUUUAAUUUAGACCGACUCGCAAGCAACACGCUAGCAUCCCACCGAGUUGUGCAGUGGAUGACGAAGCUUUAUGGUUGCGUCGCAUCGGAAGCUCUUUAUAAUGAGCUAAACCACAAUCACUUCAUUGAGGGCAUGAAGCUCAACGAUUCGUCUUUGCUUUGCCAGGCGGCUACCACAGCAGGUGCUGACUACAUCGCGUGCGAUGCAUUCCUUGCAAGCAAUGAGGGCAUUGUGGAGAUUGAGCAGACGCAAGUUGUUCUUGAGCGUCUAGGUAUUUCUUCUAUUCCGACUUUUUUGAUCGGUGGUAAAGUCAUAAUAUCUGGGGCUGUGCACUCUAGCGAGCUUGUUAGAGUCUUCCGUGAGAUUGAAAAGGCCGGAAUUGGUGCGCCAGACACUGUGUUCGCAGAUACGCUCAAAAUCCCAAAUCACAUGCGGCAAAGUACUUUGCCGCCACCAGAAAAGGACUUCUCAAUUCGCCCUGCUAGUUUCUGAAUUGAAGUGUUCAGGCUAUUUUGCAUGAGCAUAUGUUCCUAGGACGGUUUGCAUUCUCAAAAGCUGUGCACAGCACACUAGGAUGCUCUCUUGAUAUUGAACAUAUUCUCAACUUGACGAUAGCCAUGAUACAGGUGGACUUCUUUUGAUGCAACACAACUCCGUAGUAUCAAAGCUUUUCAAUCGACGCAUCCGUACACAAGUCUGACAUAAAGCUAGAAGUCAAAGUCGGGCUCCACUUCCAUUGCCCAAUUGAACUUUUCAACAAGGGCUUUGGUGUACACAGUGGGGGGUGGGACAUCAUUAUGCUUACACCAAGCAAUAGUGAUACGAGGAUCCAUGUAAUUAAUCUUAGAUGUUCCAAGC